CAAGUCAUUGCUCAAUGGAUGUGAAACACGCGGAGCUUUCUCAAGAUCCCAGAAGGAAGUUGCAACAUCUGCUCCACAAAAGAGGAAGUGGAGGUUGGGAAGAGCUGUUUCUGCGGUUUGAAGCUGAAAAAGGACUUAAACAUGUUUUCCCAUAAUGUUAGACUUACACGUAAGGAGGGCUGAACGCCUACUGCGGGGCUACAACACGCACAGCAUCAGGCUGAGCUGAGAGACAGCUGGCAGUUUGACAAGCUCCCACAGCUAGCAUUGGUUUAUGUGCCUGCUUCACUGUUUCUACCCAUGGGCCUCAGGCAAUCUCAGUGGACUGUCCUGUCUUUACUAUGGCUCUUUGGAUGCUCCUCAGAAGCCGAGGAGAAAUGCAUCACCCACAGGCUGAAGGUUGAGGAGGUGUUCUCUGUUCCCGGGGAUGUGGCCAUGCUGAAUAGCACCCUGGUGUCUUCACAUAUCUUCAACUUCACUUCCAUCCCCUAUAACAUCUCUUGGUACAAACAGCAGACUGGCAGAGAGAUGAGCAGCGAGGCUGGACGGAUUCUAGUACGGGCAGAGACUCUGUGGUUCCUGAAAGUAGAGCUGGAGGAUGCUGGAGAAUAUGUGUGCAUUGUGAGGACUCCCUCUCAGUGCUACAGGCAGGUCACCAUGCUGGUGGUGGACCCGUUGGUUCUUGGAGACUGUGGAAGGCCAAGGAAAGCCCAACAGACUCUUAGUUCCAGAGCUGAUGACGCCCUGUCCUGCCCGCUGAUGCAUUACAUCAAGAAACUGCAAAGUUACUCUGUCAUAUACUCCAUCAAGUGGUACAAGGGAUGUACACCCAUAGAAGACGGGCAUGAUAAGUUUACUUAUCAGGGCAUCAACAAACUUAAGUUUGAAGGGGUGGAGCCCAAGGACAGUGGCUUAUACACCUGCACUCUGACCUUUACCCUUGGAGCGGUCACUGGCUCCAUCUCAGAGACCAUCAACGCAACAGUCAAAGAGGAGUAUUUUCUGCAUCCAGAAGUUCAUGAGCCUACCCUUGAAGUUAUUAGAGCAGCAAGAGGUUCCUAUUUCAAUCAGAGUUGCCGGGUGUUUGUGCCUUGUGUUGGGUCACCUUUGGUGGAUAUCAUUUGGAUAGCUGGAGAGGAAUGGAUCUACGAUAUACCCUCUGACCGUGUCUACGCUGAACUGCAGCACAAGUGGAGGCAGGACAGCCCGAGGGAGGGCAUGUGGUUUGAGCACGUACUGAAGAUCUCUGAGCUGAGGGAGGAGGACUUCAACGUCAGGUACAUCUGCCGGGCAUACGGCGACCGGGGCAUUUCCGAAAGACAGUUCAUCCUGCUGCCCGAAGAUCCCAACAUCCUGCUUCCCACAGGGUUAGUGAUGGGCCUCGUGGCAAUCCUUUUUAUCAACAGUGUGGUCCUCUACUAUCUUUUCAAGAUCGACAUUGUGCUGUGGUUCAGGAGGGCUUUCCCUGUCUUCUAUACAAAUACAGAGUCGGACGGGAAGCUGUACGACGCUUACGUGGCUUACCCGCAGCACUUUGGGAGCGGAGGCAGUGAUAGCGUGGCGAUGUUCGCCCUCCACACCCUACCCCAAGUGCUAGAAAAGACCUGUGGCUACAAACUCUUUAUACCUGGCCGUGACUGCCUGGCAGGACAAGCCAUCGUGGACUCAGUGGAGGAGAACAUGCAGGCCAGCCGACGUCUCCUCUUGCUCUACACCGCCUCCACAUUUGCCUACAACAGUCGCAACAGCGGCAGUUGUAACAACAACAACAACAACAGCCCCAAUGGCAGUCGCAAGAACAACGAGCACUCCAUUUGUAACAACAACAAUAACGACGACGACACGACCCAGAGUGGAAUCAAGACAAGUGAUACCAGUAAUUGUACCAACGUUAACCCCAGCAGUAGUAGUGAAACCAGUAACGGCCAGCUUCAUGGCUACGAGAAAAGCAAUAACAGCAAUGACCACAAAAUGCCCGACAGCAAUGGAAGUGACGAAGACAGCAGCGAGACCUUAGGCUGUGGCAGUGAUGGGGACACAAAUGAGGCAAUGCAGCGGUUUUUGUGUGAUACCGCCAUGCACAGAGCAUUACUAGAGAAAUCUCUAAAGGUGGUGUUGGUGGAGAUGGAGGAGGUCACCCCAGAGCAGCUUGCUCUCUUCCCAGAGUCGGUGCACCACCUACGCAGGAAGCAGGGAGCCGUGUGCUGGUGGAGGAACCAGGGAACCAGGAAAGGAUGCAGUACAUGUGUGGGGAGGGAUGAGGAGAAAGGAGGACAGGAGUCUUCCUCUCUCUCCCCUUCCUCCAGGUUUUGGAAGCAGAUAAGGUACUAUAUGCCAAUAAGGGGCAAGAGGGUCUCAUACCCAGAGAAAACUGCCCUGUUAAACCUAUGACACUUCGUGAUGGUAUGGUACGCUACCUAUUGUACCAGGAAAUAGCGGGUUUUGUGAUGGAUCGAGAAGUUGAUUCGGGAGUUACAAAUGCUCAAACAAACAACCACUGAUAAAGAGCCCUUUAACCCCAAGGGCCUGCGUAGCACGGCACCAAGGAGAAAGAUAAACACUGGCUCUUUGCUCCAGAGCACAACGAAAGUAGAGGGGCAGGAUUUGGCAGCAAGAUUCCACCCAUGUAGAGAUGUGAACGAAAAAUGGAUAUCACUUGUUAUGUGGUUGACUGAUGUAAGAAUGAGGAAAAACCGAAUGGUCAGUGAAACUGAAUGCCUGAAAUGUAAAUUUGUAAAAGUAAAGCAUGCACAAUUACAUGUAAAUGUGUACUAUAUUUGUCCAGUGUCUAUAGGCCAACAUAUGUUAAAUAAAUGUAUGUAAUGAAGUAUCAUUUCAAACUGCAAUCUUGAUCACAAAGUACUUGUAAUGUUGGUAUUUAUUUUGCUAUACAACAUAAAGUACUGCUUGAAAUUGACUUCAGCCGCUCAUUGUUGUUCUGUUAAAGACGAUGCACAGAGAGAGAGAAACAGAGACUCAUCUUCAUUACCAGAUCAGAAAUUGGUGCAUUUAUGCUUUGAUUUUCAUAACCAGUUUGAUGUGAAAUCGUUUAUGUAAAAUCCAUUGGGUGCACUUAGUUUUAUACGGCAGCGCUGUAUGAACCAAAGUAAAUAAAAUGGGCACUGUUUGGUCUCUCAACACCAACUGCAUCCUGAAGAAGGCACAGCAGAGAUUGUAUUUUCUGAGGCCUGUCAAGAGUUUUGGUGCUCACACCAAAACUCUUAUGAACUUUUAUGGAAGUACAAUGGAGAGUGUCUUGACAGGCUGUAUCACAGUGUGGUUUGGCAGCCUGACUGCUCAGGACUGCAGACUGCUGCGAAGGACUGUAAAGACAGCAGCAGAACUCAUUGCAAUGGAACUACCACAGCUUCAUGAUGAAAGGAAAGCCCAAAACAUACUUAAGGACACAAGCCACCCCACUCACGUUCUGUUGUCACUCCUUCCAUCUAAAAAACGUUAGCGGAGCAUCAAAUCACAUUUCACCCACCUCAGCAAUAGUUUCUUUCCACAGGAAGUCACUUUGCUGAACAGCUGAUGCACCCAUGUGCAACUUACAUUGCUGUGUUAUCCUGUACUUUUCUAUAUUGUGUAUAUAAUGUAUGAAUCCAUGUGUACAUAGUCUGUGUGUGUGUGUGUGUGUGUGUGUGUGUGUGUGUGUGUGUGUGUGUGUGUGUGUGUGUGUGUGUGUGAGUGAGUGGAGGGGGGGGCGUCCUUGUGUCCUUUGUGUUAAGGCAGAGAGAGCGAGAGCCCAAUAAUGUCAUUGUAUUCCAACACACAUGAUAAUAAAGUUGAGGUUGAACUUGA